GAGCAGGCUGAUGACCGCGGCCGUGGGGAGGCUUCAAUCCGCCAAUUACAGCUAUAGGAACAGCAGAGAGCAACUUAAUGUGGCAGUUGUGGCUGGUUGGAGUUUGUUUGGGAUGGCGCAGAUCCGCUGCUCGGCCCUUGUGCGCUCUUGCUUUGUGAGUUGCGUGUUUAAAGUGUGUUUUUAAAGUGGUUCACUUGGACUGAGGUUGUUAUUUCUGUAUAGUGAUGGCAGCUCGUUAGCAGCUCACUUUAAAAAGCCUAUUUCCCCCCGGACUUGGCACGUGUGACGACUCCUCUGCACCCCGUGUAUUAUCCCCUCUUAUCUGACUCCUGACAAUGAUCGCUGAAGGUCACGUUUCAGCGCCUCUCACUUCUCCAAGUCCUGCGCAUCUUUUCUUCUGCGGUUCAGUGAUUCACAGAUAACUUUUACCAAACCAGACCGCAGGAGAUGAUCCCGACUCCUGAGCUCUGAUCGGUGGAACCACGUCUUUAAGUCCCAAUCUGACAAACCGGACCAUGCCUGUCGGGCGAAAACUUUGCCGUGCGCCCUCCAUGAUCCAGUGAAAAGUGUCCAAACCACAGUUUCAAACCGGAGGAUGUUGGGAAGCCCGUCGAACAACGGCGGCGUCAGAAUGCUGACGCCCACGGAUCCGAGCGACGACCGGCGGGUGGAGUUCGUGGCUCUCACCGCGGUGCACACGGAGCGGAGCGAGCCGUCCACCCCGGAGCGCGGGCACCCGUCCCACCGCACGGGUCUGCUGGGCACCCCGCGGCCGGGCCCGCCGGGACCCCGGGGCCACGCGGCCGCCUCAAACAAGCGCUACAGAAAGUUACAGAACUGCCUGUACAACGUGCUGGAGAGGCCGAGAGGAUGGGCGUUCAUCUACCACGCGUUCAUCUUUCUGCUGGUCUUCAGCUGCCUGGUGUUGUCUGUGUUCUCCACCAUCCCGGACCAUCAGAAGUUCGCCAACCAAGGCCUCUUCAUCCUGGAGUUUGUGAUGAUUGUAGUGUUUGGGUUGGAGUACUUCAUCAGGGUCUGGGCCGCUGGCUGCUGCUGCCGAUACCGUGGCUGGCAGGGACGGCUGAGAUUUGCCAGAAAGCCCUUCUGUGUCAUAGACUUCAUAGUGUUCGUGGCCUCGUUGGCAGUGAUCGCUGCCGGCACGCAGGGCAACAUCUUCGCCACCUCAGCCCUGCGGAGCAUGCGCUUCCUGCAGAUCUUGCGUAUGGUGCGUAUGGACCGGAGGGGAGGCACCUGGAAACUGCUGGGCUCAGUGGUUUACGCCCACAGCAAGGAGUUGAUAACAGCCUGGUACAUUGGUUUCCUGGUCCUCAUCUUCGCCUCCUUCCUCGUUUACCUGGCAGAGAAGGACGUCAACUCAGAUUUCAACACCUAUGCAGACUCCCUCUGGUGGGGGACUAUUACUCUCACUACUAUAGGUUAUGGUGAUAAGACCCCUCGUACGUGGCAGGGACGGCUCCUGGCUGCAGGCUUUGCUCUCCUAGGAGUCUCCUUCUUUGCCCUGCCGGCUGGAAUUCUGGGGUCAGGCUUUGCCCUGAAGGUUCAGGAGCAGCACAGGCAGAAGCACUUUGAGAAGAGGAGGAUGCCUGCUGCCAACCUGAUACAGGCUGCGUGGCGUCUCUACUCCACCGAUGCCAAACACUCCUAUCUCACAGCAACAUGGUACUUCUAUGACAGCAUGUUGCCUUCGUUCAGAGAACUGACUCUUCUGUUCAGUCACCUCCAGCGACAGCGUAGCACCAAGAAGGUUCUCCACAACUCCUACCACACGCUGCUGUCUGGGCUGCGGCCCUACAGCUCCCCCUACCUGUCGGGGGACAGCAGUAAAAUGGGCUUCCGGGAUCGUAUGAGAAUGAACAAUUCUCGGUUGUCCACAAAUAGUCGGAACAAGGCGUCUCCGCUGCCCCCGGGCUCCGGGGUGCAUCGCUCCCCAAGCCAGGAGAACGUGCCCGAGGCCACCAGUCCGGGGAAGGUGCAGAAGAGCUGGAGCUUUAAUGAUCGCACACGCUUCCGCACCUCACUUCGCCUCAAACCACGACCUCCUGCUGACGUGGAGGGGGUCGGGGAGGACAGCGUGGAAGACAAACCGUAUUGUGACGUUGCAAUGGAGGAGGUCAUCCCGGCCGUGAAGACGCUUAUACGAGCUCUCAGGAUCUUGAAGUUCCUCGUGGCCAAGAGGAAGUUCAAGGAGACGCUGCGUCCGUAUGAUGUGAAGGACGUCAUAGAGCAGUACUCCGCGGGACACCUGGACAUGCUGGGUCGCAUCAAGAGUCUGCAGAUGAGGGUGGACCAGAUAAUCGGACGAGGAGCCGUUCAGACCGACAAGAAGACCCGCCCAGAGAAAGGAGAGAAGACCCCGCCAGAACUGGAUCCACUGGACGAGCUAAGCAUGAUGGGACGUGUAGUCAAAGUGGAGAAACAGGUUCAGUCCAUAGAGAACAAGCUGGACCUGCUGCUCAAUUUCUACACCCAGUGCCUAAAGAAAGGCUCGUCCAACUUCACCCUGUCCUCCCUCCUGGAUCCCGACCUCACCUCCGACUACCACAGCCCCACGGACCAAAGAGACCUCUUCCCCUCCGCCUCCACGCUCAACAUCUCACGGUCCGAUACCGGCAACUUGGAAUGACACUGAUCCAGACAGAGGCCUCCACGUGGCCUCCGCCAAAAGCUGCUCACCGGACCCUCCCUCUCAACCCACUUGGACGAGGAUGGAGAAACGGAGGGGAGCACGUGAACGAUGAUACUUGACUACUGAACCACUUUCCCCCCCGCUCACCUCAUGCUUUCUAUCGACGCCGACUUCGAAGCUUCAUCUGUAGAUAACCCGACUUCGAGCUUCGAGGUUUUGUAAUUCUUUGGAGAACUCUCUCUCUCUCUCUCUCUCUCGCUCAUCCUUUCAGAUUUUCUUUUUCUGUGUUGGCCGCUUGAAUCAACUGACGGAGACGUUUUCUGACUUUGCUGCGAGUGUGGUGGAGUGCCACAGGAUGACAUCCCAAUACUGUGAUGGGUACGACCUGUACAUUUUCCAUUCACACCAAAUGUAUUAUUAGAAGAGCUGUCUAGGGAGAAAUAAUUCUGCUCCCUUGGACGGGCAGACUGGCCAGAGAGCCACCUCGCCAAAGCACCAAACCUCCAUGGCUGCCCUCUCCACCCAGAGGAUGGAGUUUUUAACAGCUGGAAGAAUGUGUUGGAUUGACUCGUGUGUACUGCUGGCGUUGACCUUCAUUCAUCCUCGACGGAAUUCUGUCUCCUACAAGCCCACUUGCAAAAAAGAUGUUUUGCUCGCAUUCAAGGGAGGAUUUAAUGGAGCCAAAAUGUCCUUUAAUGGCUCUAAAAUGCCUCCUCUGCAAUGUUUUAAAAGGCUUCUGUUCCUCUUUAAGUGCUCCCGUAACCGGAGUUUGUUUUUAUAACAUGCCUUGUAAAGCUCUCUGUCUUGCAGCCCACCCUCCAAACAUGCAUGUUCCACUCCGAUGAGCCCUUUAGAUAGAGCCUCACCGAUCCUCAGUCAGAAUUUUCCGACGUCUGACCCUUUUUCCCGCACAUCGAGCCUCAGGUCAGGUUUUCUCACGUCAUCCGGUUCAGGCGGCCAUUCGUCCUGCACCCCCUCUCUCACUGGAGGAUCCGUCUCACCCGCUGCGUGCACUUGCAGAAACAUUACGGCCAGUGUCGGAGCGAACAACCUUUAAAGUGUUUGGGUCUGACAUGUGAAUUCCAGGCCUUUAACCUCAUGAACCCUCGUGUCUUAGGAAACGGUUCGAGCCUCACAGCUUCAGUACGAGCAGACGGCGUGCAGCAGGUUUGAGCUCCAGCCAUCACUUAGAGGUGUUACUGUCAGUGCCAAGCCCCUGUACAGUCUUCUGUCUUUUCUUCCUCGGAGAUGUUUGACGCACAGAAAAGUCUCUGUGCUCGUGGACAAAACUGGAGACACACGAAAUGAAGACAAUUUCUUUACUUAAGUACUUUGGCACUUGAUUAUAACACAUUUUAUGUAAAAAAUCAUCAUUUUGUUUUGAUUUCCCGGAUGUAAUUAUGUUCAUGCACUUAUUUCUGUGUAACCUACAAUAGCAAAUAUUUUUUAAAUGAUUUUUUUGUGUUUGAUAAAGUGAAUGUAGGGGAUUAAUUUAACAUAUUUAAAUUCGGUUGGAUACGAUCUCUAAAUAAAUCUAGCCUUUGUUAAAUCAUGGAUGACAAAACUGUAGCACGCAGCGGAUCAGGUUCACACACAUUUCACAAAAGCUCCUGUGUGUUUUUGAGCUCAUCAUUUUCUUUUUGGUGUCGUUAGAUUCAAAUAAGAAAAGAUUCACUUUGGCCAGUGAAAACACUUUUAUGUUCCCGAAGGUGUUUCGUUUAUUUCAGUCAAGCCAGUUGACUCAGGUGCUCCACUUCUCCAUUCAAGCUCAGACUUCAAACAGUGAAUGUACUUCAUCGCUCGAUCUCUUUAGGAUCUAGUGCUCUCUCUUUAUCUUCAAGUCUUUGAGUUCGCUCUGAAUAGAAACAUUAGGUACGUGGUUUCAUGCUUUGGCCUAAACGAUAAGAGGUGCCUCGUUGUUGGAGGCGUCGACACACUGUCACUUCAUCGUCACCUGGAAUGUCCAGCUUUUUAAAAAAUGUAUGUGAGACCACUGUAUUGCAUGUUGUUGUUAGUUGUGGCCCCAGUAUUAGAAAACAAGUAAUAAUUGAGGAUGUCUUCUGUAAAGUCGAGUCAAGACAUGAAAGGAACUGACUUGUGCCUUCUUUGUCCUUGUUCUGUAACUGAUAUGUUGCCACUUUUGAUCUCAAUCGUAAAAUAUCAGUGCUGCCUCCAAGACAACAGUGGUUCAUUGAGAUAUCAUCCUCGUGAGGAUGGCCAUGCUGGUUUUUUUUGCAAAGAAAAUGUUUCACCUACGAAACAUAAUCAAAAUUGUUAUGAACACAGUUUUUAGAGGUGUUCGCCUUUUAUGAGGAACUUUGAUAUUUUCGGAGAAUAUUUACUGUAUGUUUAGCGAAUCAGCGCAACUAACCUAGGACCUAGCAUCGACGUCCUUACUGUGUUUGAACAUUUGUCAGAUCUGGAGGCACGGGCAUUUCUAUCACCGCAGGAAACUCUGCAGGCAUGUCUCCUUUCGUAAAAAAAGCAUGUCACGUAGAUCCGAAUGGCUUCCACACAACUACCUCUGAGGCCACUAGGGGGCACUAGUCUAGGAAACCAAGUACGAGAAGCAGUAAUCGGUUGUCGAGGUGACUGAAUUCUAUGCAUGACUCAGAUGUGCACGUUCUGUCUUCUCGUUUCACUCUGUUCUUGACGUCCUCAUCGUCCAUUGUUCACUGACUUGCUGCCAUUUGACAUUCCAGCUCGUUGCCCUUUAACUGCUCUCUUAGGUGUUGGAGCUGCUGUUGAAAACGAAAACUAGAACCGAUCGAAGCAAUAAGCAAAAUGCUAAGCUAACAAAGUCUUCCAAUUCCAAUUGAUGUAGCUACAUGGUUGAUGACAUAUGGCGCUUAUAGUAUUUUCUAAUCGAAUGCACACCUCUGUUUGAUCUUUUAAAGAGAUACAAAGAUGUGUAUCUGCGGAGGAUAAAAUUAGCUCACUUGACUAACUUAUUAAUUUAUUUGUUUCAAUAAAGCUCUUUGACUGUA